AAUGCUACUAAGCUAAGAACGAUCGCCAAGGAAACUUCCGAGUCCGACACGCGCGUCGAACGACAAACCUCCGUCCCUCCAGCCUCGACUUUUCUCCGAACAAGACACGCAGACAUGAUUUCUGGUUAUUCUCGAUUUGCAUAACAAUUAUUCUCCAGUGUAUUCCCCAGAGAUUCACUUCUACUCUAAUCGCAGAACCAAGCCAGCAUGCUCUUCUUCGGCGGCGGCCUCCAAAGUCCUCGCCGUCGCAAUCGCGAAAAAUCAAUCCUCAUAACUAUCUUCAUCAUCUUCGCAAUCUACUUCCUCUUCUACGCCAAAUCCUCCAAUCGCGAUUUCGCCGCCUACGAUGAAGAGGCCGUGUUGGAGGAAAUCCGCCGCUCCAGGCCCGCCGGCUCGAGCUCGUCGCACAACUCGAAACCACUCAUACGGAAGAAUAUGGUCGUCGCAAGUAUGAAGAAGGAUAAUACGAGUUGGCUGUUUGAGAAUUUCCCGGAUUGGCAUAAGAGUGUUUAUGUGGUGGAUGAUGGGGAUGCGGAGUUGACUGUGGGGGAGAAUAAGGGGAGGGAGUCGAUGGUUUAUUUGACGUAUAUCAUCGACAACUACGACCGCCUCCCCGAAUCCCUCCUCUUCGUCCACUCCCAGCAAUACCAAUGGCACAACGACGACCCCUACUACGACGGUGUCCGCAUGCUCCGCAACUUCCAAGUCCCCUACCUCCAGAAACAAGGCUACGUGAAUCUGCGCUGCGCGUGGGUUCUCGGAUGUCCCGUCGAAAUCCGUCCAUACGCCGAUACCCACCGCGAAGACGUGCACGCGGGUGAAUACUUCAAGACGGGCUUCAUGGAGUUGUUUCCGGGCGUGGAGGUUCCGAAUGAAGUGGGUGUUUCGUGUUGUGCGCAGUUUGGGGUUACGAGGUGGAAGAUUCAUGAGAGGCCGAAGAGUGAUUAUGAGAGGUUUCGGAAGUGGUUGGUGGAGACGGAUUUGAAGGAUGAGUUGAGUGGGAGGAUUAUGGAGUAUUCGUGGCAUAUGAUCUUUGGAAAAGAGCCCGUUUACUGCCCGACGGCUGAAGAAUGCUACUGCAACGUCUUCGGGCUGUGCGAGCUUGACUGUCCGACUGUGGGAUCUUGUGAUGGUCGUUAUGCUCUUCCACCGUUCUCGUCGUUGCCAAAGGGAUGGCCGUAUGUUGGAUGGAAGGGUCAGGCGCAGGAUCCUAACAACAAGGGACUUCCUGAGGCAUGAUGGUCUAUCUUGGAUAGCUAUUAUCUUCGUGAUAUGACUUCAUGAUCCACGACGCAGAACGCGAGAGCCGUUCCACUGUUCAUACCCAGAGAGCGAACGACUCCUGAGAUAUGCCGCGCCUAACGACUGACUCGAUUGGAUGGACGACGAGGUCCCGGCGAGCUACUCUCGCAACGGCACUAUUUGUACCAGCAUCAGUUGGAGUCGCGCCACCCCCAACGCCUACGGGUACGGUUACUGAGAACCGAGAGAAGGAUAAUGUCUUCGACAGGCCUGCAUACAUACAGACUUUGAUAUGAUAUGAUAUCACUUAUGGUUUUAUGUUUACUGGACACUAAUGUAGAAGAAUUUAUAUGUCAAUUAUUGCAUGCCCUUAAUCCUAAUACCAAUACUAAUU